AUGUCGGGACCACCUCCGUACGGCAGAUCAUAUAGUCCAAGCUACGCCUCUCCUGGUGAACCCCCCCGAAAUCCUGACACUCGGCCACUACCUCCUGGCUGGGUCGAGCAGUAUGACUACAACUACAAGACAUGGUUCUACGUGAACACUCGCGAAGACCCUCCGCGUCCGUCGUGGGUUCACCCCACAGCACCUCCGGCCCCUCGCCCUAGUGGCUACGGGCCUCCCCUAGGCCCUCCCCCGCCUGAUGGCAACCGAGGAUAUAGCCCAAGACCAUACUCGCCGCAAGGCCCAUCUUCUGGCGGGUAUGGUGGCUACGACCAACCUCCGCGGGGCUACGACCAACCCCCGCAGGGAUACGACCAGCCCCCGCGAGGCUACGGCCCUCCGUCGCGUGGCGGCUACGACGACGGCUACAGGCCUGGCCCAUCGUACCGCCCCGACAACGGAUAUGGCGGCAUGCCGCCCGACGAGUCGAGAGGCUUCUUUGGUGGAGGUCCUUCCAUGCAGCAGGCUCCUGUAGAGGUCGUCCAGGCGGCGCCACCGAAGAAGCAUAAGUUUGGCGUUGGCACAGCUGUUGCUGCGGGUGGCGCGGCACUGGUGGGAGGUCUGCUGAUUGGGGACCUCAUCGAGGACCACGAGGACCACGAGCGCGAGGAAGCCUUCGACCAAGGCUUUCAAGACGGUGCUAUGGACGACCGAUUCGAUGAUGGAUUCGGCGGGGGUGGCUGGUAA